CACACACAUGCACGCACCAUUGACAGUCUAUGGCACACACACACACACACACACGCACGCACACACACUCUGAGUCCUUGAGCCCCCACCCAUCGGUCUCCUCUGGAAAGUCACACUCUCUCCUCUCUCUCCUCUCUCUCUCUCUCCUCUCUCUCUCUCUCUUUCUCUCCUCUCUCCUCUCUCUCUCCUCGCCCUUCUUCCGCCUGUGGGGGUCAGUGUGCCCAGAAUGGAAGCCUCUGCGUCACAUCCCUGUGGCCUCUGAGAGCCGGGCCGGGCCAGGAGGUGGAGGGUCCACUUAAAAACCUACAAACACUGCUUUUGCCCUCACAGUUUCCUUCCUGGAUUACAGCAGUGGACACAGACCAGGCCAGACCCUGGGAGAACCCCACCGCAUUUUUUCCUCCUCCUCCUCCUCCUCCUCCUCCCCCUUCUCAACCUCCUCACCCUUUUUUUCAAAUUUCCUCAGUCUCUUUCACUCCCUCCCUCACUCACUCACAUACUCACUCACUCACACACUCACUGACACGGCUACAGAGAGACGCACACACACACGCACACACAAACGCACUUUGCCAUUCGUCGUGAUGUGCUCCUUCGGUUUUGCCCGCUCCCUGGGCUUUGCCCUCAUCCCCCUGGCGACCUGCUGCAUCGUGGCCAACAUCCUGCUCUUCUUCCCCGGCGGGGCCACCAACUACGUCCAGGACAACCACGUCUCCCUCUUCCCCUGGCUCUUCAUGGGGAUAGGCGGGGGAGGCAUUGCGGUCUUCCUGCCGGCAGCUGUAUUCCUAAGCAUGGGGAAGUGUGCAUCCAACUGGGUUACUGACAGUUGUGCUAUGUGUGGCUCGGUGCUGGCCUCUCUGGUGGGGCUGGCUGGCUCGGCGUACUGCUUCGUGGUGUCCAUGCUGGGACUACUGAAGGGCCCCUACUGCUUCACCAGCUUGGGAUGGGCCUACCCCUUCGACGACGACACCGCCGGCAGUUACCUGUUCGACAGAGACCGCUGGAUCAAGUGCAUCCAGCCCGUAAACGUUGUGGAGUGGGACGUCACGCUGCUCUCCAUCCUGGUGGGCCUGAGUGUGCUGGAGUUCAUCAUCCUGUUCCUGCAGCUGGUCAACGGGAUGGUGAACGCUGUGUGCCGACCCUGCUGCUACAAGCAAGAGUACAGCCUGAACGCCUGAACAGAGUCCAGCCUAGAGUAUACAGUACUAUAUGCUUAGCCAAUGAAGAGAGGUCCUCUUUUUAAAAAGAGCCUCUGUGUGUGUUGAGUAUAGACGUGUGUGUGUGUGUGUGUGUGUGUGUGUGUGUGUGUGUGUGUGUGUGUGUGUGUGUGUGUGUGUGUGUGUGUGUGUGUGUGUGUGUGUGUGUGUGUGUGUGUGUGUGUGUGUGUGUGUGUGUGUGUGUGUGUGUGUGUGUGUGUGUGUGAAAAUGAGAGGAGUGAGAGAGAGAGAGAGUGCGUGUUUGCGGUUUUGUCUGAGCAUAGUCCACCCUACAAUUUACAGUAUAUGCUUAACCAGUGAAGAGAGACUACUUUUUAAAAGAGGCUUUGUGUGUGUGUGUGUGCGUGUGCGUGUGUGUGCGUGCGUGCAUGCGGGUAUGAGUGUGCGUGUGUGUGCCUGCGAGUGUUUGUGUGCAGGGGCGUACCAAUAAAUUAGCUGCUCUGUUCAUCAGAGUUUAUCUGUAAUCUUGUGAUCCACACUGCUUAUCCCGGAUAUACCUUGGAAUUCUGGAUCUCGUUGAUGAACUUGACCUACUAAAGGCCGAAGGCGCCCAAGGCUUAUUUUCAGUAGGGCAACCCUCCCCUGUAGGAUUUCUCUCAUUCUUUUCAGGAUUUCCACUGCACUUCAACAAACUAGUGCACAAACAUGUACUACGGUAGCCACUGAUUCUCUUGACUGCACCAUGCGUGGCCCUGGCAAAGUCCGGGUCAACUUCAUUAAUCACCCCAGAUAUAUAAAAAACAGCUGCCUGCCUGGCCUGGUGACAAGAGGCACCUCUGUUUGGAGGUCUCAUGGAAGUGGUAUGGUAUGCGAAUGGAAGAGGAGGAAACAAGUGGCUCCUGAUGUAGGUGUCUUCUCUUGUUGAAGUGCUUCCUUGUAUAGGCCCAACCGGAGUGUAUCCACCUUGUGAUAUUCACAGAUCGUUUCAUGCAAGCACAAGGUCUUUUUUGUAUGAUAUUCCUGUUUGUUUUGUAUGCUUGUUCCUCAUUUGUAAGAGCUGACGUCGUAUUGUAACUUAUUUUUUAAAUCCUUGGUGUUAGAUAUGUGUGAAAUAUGCAAUAUUUUUAUAAUGGUUAUUCUCUCCAAUUAAAGAAAGUUUUUCAGUCUUUGCAUACUAUUGAAAA